AUGUCCACCCAAAAAGACUUCACUCUCACCUUCACCGGCGACGUAAUGCUCGGCCGCCUCGUCGACCAACUAAUGCCAGAGCACGUCCCAAACCAACACGACGAACGCAUCGCCACAACCUUCAUAAAAGCCCACCCAACCCUCCUAGCAAAAGGAAACUACACUCCCUCGUCCCCAUGGGGCACAACCCUCCCGCUCCUCCAAUCCUCAACACUAACAUGCAUCAACCUCGAGACCGCCGUAACAACAGCCCCAAUCCCAUGGCCCAACAAAGUCUUCAACUACCGCAUGCACCCAGCAAACCUCGCGCCGAUUCUGCACGCCGGCGGCAUCGACUACGCCAGUCUAGCCAACAACCACACCCUCGACUUCGGCACAGCCGGUCUCACAGAAACAGUGCAAACAAUGCAACAAGCAAACAUCGCUUACGCGGGCGUCGGUGAAACAGCCGCCGAUGCACGCAGACCUGCUGUGCUACAUCUGCCCAGAGCCUCGGAGACCGUGGAAGACGAACAGCGCCGCUACGCGGUGCAUGUGUACUCGGCCUCUGACCACCCGCGCGUGUGGGCCGAGGUGCCGGGAUUCAAUCUGUUUGAUUACACGCGCGACACGCGCGCCCGGGUGAAAGAAAUGCUUGUUGAUGCGGAAGGAAGCAAGCCUGCGUUGAAGGUAUUUUCGGUUCAUUGGGGGCCGAAUUAUGCGUGGCAGCCUGAUGGGAAGAUUACUUCGCUAGCGCAUUUCCUCGUCGAUGAGUGUGCGGUUGACAUUGUCCAUGGACAUUCGUCGCAUCAUGUUCAGGGUGUGGAGGUUUAUCAUGGGAAGUUGAUUAUCUAUGGUUGUGGGGACUUUGUGGAUGAUUAUGCGCUGAAUGAGGAGUAUAGGAAUGAUCUGGGGGCUUUGUGGAGGGUUGUUGUGAAGGAGAGGAGUGGUGGUGAUGGGGUUGCGUUGGAGAGAUUGGAGAUCUUCCCGACGCGGGUUGAGAGGUUUAGGGCUGUUUUGUUGGAUUAUAGGGAUGAGGAUCAUGUUUGGGUUAGGCGGAGGAUUGGACAGCUUAGUGGGGAGUUGGGGACCACUGUGAGGGCGGCGCUUGGGAAGAAGGGGCAGGUUGUUGUUGAGUUGGCUGGAGGGUAG